AUGUCAAAAGAAAAGCGCACCAAGCCAUGCUGCAACUGUAAGAAAUCCAAAGUCAAGUGUGUUUAUGAAGGUAUAUUACCGUGCCAACGAUGUUUGAAAACAGGUCAAGCGGCAACAUGCCACUUUGUCACUAAGCUCCCAUCGCUAAAGCUUCCCUCAUUAGUACCGAGCACUGUAUCAAACAUAUCGUCACCAGCAGGGGCAGGGGUAGCAGCAGCAGCAGCUCCUCGUCCUCGUCCUCCACCACCACCACCACCACCACCACUGAAAACAUUGGGUACGCCAAAACAGUAUAAUACUCUUCCCAGGAUUCAUUCAGCAUUGAUGUCUAAUAGUAUUCUACACCCGCCUUUAUACCUGCAAGAGCAAACGGCACGUACUUCGCUUGUCCGAGCGAUACCGUCUCAACUGCAAUCGAUUAAUGAGGCAAGUAACGAUCAGCACUGGAGGUCACAGAUUGAAGAAAGAAUGGACUCUUUUGACACCAAAAUUGACAAUUUGGUAGACUUUCUUAAAUCCAAUAGUGGAUCUUCGCAAGGCGGUUUAAUUGACUCGCUGAAUAUGUGUCAGAACUUUGAACAACAAGCCAAGUACAAUAAUCAAUUUCGACUACCAGUUGUAAGUGGGGGGACAAGCCUGUCACUGUCUCACCCCAGCUCGGUUUCGCCAGAAAUCAUGCUACCUCCUCUACUCGACAACGAAACAUCUAGGAAGCGACCUCUGCGGGAAGAUAUCAAUAUCUUCAAUGCAAAAAGAGAACACACUUGCAUUCACCAAUUUCCAAAAGACUUUCGAGAUGGCUUUUUGACAAAAAGAGAGGCCAGGGACUUGUUCAAGUUUUUUGAAUCACACAUCUCGCAACAGCUCUUUGGAUUUGAAAUUUCAAAAUUUAGUGUAAAUGAUAUAUGGCAUACUUGUCCUGUUUUGGUAUGUGCUAUAUGCACAAUAGCAUCCAUCCACCAUUCUCGAUUAGCAGCCAAAUCGGAACAACUUCAAGUCUACUUGAGAGAAUUGUGUGGCAGUCUAUUUUUCCAAAAUAGACCAAAAUCAAAAACAGAUGCUUAUAAUACAAUUGUUGCCUUGAUACUCUGCAGCUUUUGGUUAUCAGAUUCACAAAUGUUCACUGGCUUAGCACUACAGCUUGCUAAAGAGUACGGAUUGGAUAAAGCAAACCAUGGCAAUAGCGUCAAGGGUAAAGAAGAUUUGAAGUUGUGGUAUUUGUUGUAUGUGUUGGAUGGACAACAAAGUAUGGCGUUUCACAGGGAGCAGUUGGUUAAUGGACAGGAAUACUCGAUCAAACACAGUAAAGACUUACUUACUCGCGGUGUCGAUAAGGCUAUAAAGGAGAAUACAGUCUUGCAAAUGGAACAUAGAAAACCUGCCACAAACAAAGAGAAUGCCGCUAGACCAUCAAACUCACUAAACCCACUAAAUCCACAAUCACUAGAAGAAGAGAAGUACAAACAUAUGCUUGUCAAACAACAAUUUACCGAUUUGCAAUUGGUUUCACAAGUUGAAUAUUAUCAGGCUCUAAAUGAAGUGUUUCGUGGUGAUGCAUGGGAUCUAUUGGUACCCGACUCUUUUGGAAUCCCAUCAAAGAGUAAUCUUGAACUAGACAAAUGGAUGGUUUCGUGGACUGUCAUGUUAGCUCCUGGUAAUUAUGGUGCAGUUUGGUCUUCCAAGAGUACGCUUAUCUACUAUAAUUUUGCCAAAAUGCAUAUCAACUCGUCAGCAGUCAGGCAGCUAACGUUUAACCCCGGUGAGGAUGGUUCUUUUCCUAAACUCGAAAGUAGUAUCAACUUUCAGGAGAUUUUGGCAAAGGCUCCUACCACCACCACCACCACCAUGGCCAAAAAGAGCAAGAAAACUGCUGAUUUUGAUUCCGAUUCAGAAGAUUCCGAGCUUUCAGAAGAGGAAAAUGAGUUUAUUUCAAAUAAAGAGUUUUUGUCUCCCGAUGAAGUUGCCAUUAAUGCCAAUAUUGCACUAAAUGCUGCACACACUGUGAUCAAUUUAGUUAUAACAGAUAAAGAUAUUUUAGACAAUUUGCGUUAUGUUCCAGUACAUAUACAUAUCAUGUUGUAUUAUGCUGUAUUGCUUUUGAUAAACCCACCAUUGAGGUCUAAUAAUAUUUCGAUAGAAUUCACUCCAGAGUCGUACUACGAUAAAGUAUUAGACAACUUAAAAGUAGUGAACAUUUUGAAAAAUAAAAUAUACAACAACUUGCCUACUGACUCAAAGUUUGGAGCACGACUACUAAAAAGAAUAGAAGAUCUGAAAACCGAAAAGCUUUCGACGAUAAAGGAGUUUGUCAAAACAAUGUCAAAUUCCGAAUCAAAACAUCGCAUGGAGAAGAAAAUUGAUUCGUUUGCUGACUCUAGCGAAUCCAUUGAGGAGAUUUACGAGUAUAAUGAAAGCGGAGGCGACAGCAGCAGGUCUUCUACUCCCUUACCCGAAAAGAUUAGUGCUUGGCCCGGCUCUCACCACGGACACCCAUGA